AUGUACAGGAUGAAAUCGCGAUUUUACAAAAUAUAUGGUUCAUGCCAGCUGGAGAAGGAAAUUGACUCGAUAUCACUCGGGGGACAUAUUUCGUUAUACAGUUUGAAGGCCAAGUCACUUUAUUACGAAAUCGAUGAACCGCAUUACUUAUAUCACCUGAACCGCUUAAUCAAUGGGUUAAAUUGGAUGAAUUCCGGCUGUUUAUACAACGGAUAUAUCGAAUGGGAACCGGACACGCACCCCGCGACCAUAUGGAAGAACAUGACAGAAAGACACGAUUCAGUGUAA